AUGAGUUCGCAGAAAAAACCUGAGAAAAAGCAAUCAAGCUUAAACUCUUUCUUUGGUAAUAAUGCCAACAAAGCGCCCGCAAAGCCAGCUACUACCAAGCAAGAGCCAACCUUUACCGAGCAGGAGCCAACUAUGGCCCAACAAGAGCCAGAUAAAACAGCAUCCACAUCUACAGAUACAACUGAGCAAAAGAAACGCAAAAGAGUCAUCAUUUCAGACACUGAGGAAGAAGAUGAAGAAGAGACACCUCCCAAACAAAAGACACAAAAGACUGCAUUGGGUAAAUCAACGGUAAAGCCAGUAAAGCCAGAGGCAUCUUCAAGUGUCCCCAAGACCGAAACUAUGGAAGUGGAUCCAACAGACGAAAAAAAGAAGGAACCAGAGCAUUCAGACGAAGAAUUCGACAAGGAGAUCGAAGAGGCAGCUGCUGAGGAGAAGGAGGCCAAAAAAGAGAAACUGGAAAUGAUGUCCAUCAUCCACACAAUUGCUUCUGUAGGGCCAGGAAAGUCAGGUGUGGAUUGGAAGAAAGGUGCACCCAUUCCUUACUCUGUUUUGUGCAAGACAUUUGAAAAGUGCGAAAAUACAACCAAGAGACUAGAGAUCACAGAGCAUCUUGUUACGCUGUUUGUAAAGGUCAUUGACCUCACACCAGAGGGGUUGCUCCAACUGCUUUACAUGUGUAUCAAUAAGCUUUGCCCCGAUUACGAGGGCCUUGAACUUGGUAUCGGUGAAUCGCUGUUGAUGAAAGCUGUAGCACAAUCCACUGGAAGAGACAUGAAGCAGUUGAAAUUAGAUUAUGUCAAAUGUGGUGAUCUUGGCACUGUAGCAAUGAACAGCAAAGGCUCGCAAAGAACAUUGUUCAAGCCCAAGCCCUUGACUGUUCCACAUGUCUUUAGCAUACUCAAAGAGAUUGCCAAAAUCACCGGUAACUCGGCACAAUCCAGAAAAGUUGACAAGAUCAAGGGUCUUUUGGUCGCUUGCCAAGAUGAAGAAGCCAAAUUCAUCAUUAGACAUUUGGAAGGUAAGCUUCGUAUCGGUUUAGCCGAGCAAACAGUUCUCUCCGCAUUAGCACAAGCUGUCGUUCUCAGUAAGAUAUCCAACUCCAAACUGUCGACUUCCAAAAGGGAAGAGCUAUUAUCAACUGCUGUAGAUACUGUGAAAUACGUGUACAAUCAAUUGCCAUCUUAUGAUAUCAUUAUUCCUGCUCUAUUGAAAUACCCCUUGGACGAGUUAUUAGACCACUGUACCAUGCACCCUGGUAUUCCCUUGAAGCCCAUGUUGGCGCAUCCAACAAAGAGCUUGACCGAGGUGUUGGAUCGAUUUGAGGGACAAACAUUCACCUGCGAAUUCAAAUACGAUGGCGAGAGAGCACAGAUUCAUCGACUCGAAGACGGCACUAUCAAUGUCUACAGUCGUAACUCUGAAAACAUGUCUGUGAGAUACCCUGAUAUCAUGAACGCAAUCAACAAGUGGAUUAAACCUACCACCACCUCCUUUAUCCUAGAUUGUGAAGCGGUGGCUUGGGAUAAGCAAGAGAGCAAAAUCUUACCUUUCCAAGUGUUGAGUACUCGUAAGCGUAAAGACGUCAAGGAGGAAGACAUCACUGUGCGAGUAGCUGUAUUUGCGUUUGAUUGCUUGUAUUUGAAUGGCGAAUCAUUGUUGCAAAAAUCGCUCAAGGAACGUCGUGAGGCACUUGCUGGUGCAUUUCAGGAAACAGAACACGAAUUCUACUUUGCCAAACACAUGGAUUCCAACAACAUUGAGGAUAUUCAAACAUUCUUGGAUGUGUCCAUCACCAGUAAUUGUGAAGGCCUUAUGGUCAAGGCAUUUGAUAGCUCUGAAGCAACCUACGAACCCUCCAAACGUUCUCGAAACUGGCUCAAGGUGAAGAAGGACUACUUGAAUGGUGUUGGAGACUCUAUGGAUUUGGUCGUAAUUGGUGCUUAUUACGGUCGUGGUAAGCGUACAUCUGUUUAUGGUGCGUUCCUGUUGGCCUGUUAUGACCCAGAAACAGAAGAGUAUCAAACCAUCUGUAAGAUUGGUACCGGUUUCUCAGAUGAAAACUUGCAAUUGUUUUACGAUACAUUGAAGGAUCAUGUCAUUGAUGCUCCCAAGCAAUAUUACUGCUUAGGUGAAAAUGCAGUGAAGCCUGACAUUUGGUUUGCUCCAACGCAAGUCUGGGAGGUCAAGUGUGCUGAUCUCAGUGUGAGUCCUCGAUACAUGGCUGGUGUAGGUCGCGUGGAUCCCAAUAAGGGUAUCUCGUUGCGUUUUCCUCGUUUUAUUCGCGUGCGUGAUGAUAAGGACCCUGAAAAUGCCACAUCCAGUGAACAGGUCUCUGAAUUCUACUUUGACCAAGCAAAUCAACAAGGCAAUAGCAAGAAUAACGACAUGGAUUACUACUAA